AUGCCUGCCACAGGUCAGGGAUUUACUGAGCAUUUUGUGUCAAAGCUGCCAAUGGGCUCCUCUGGUUGCGUGGGACAGGACUGUGAAGACUCCAGACUGUCUGAUUCGUCAAAAAAGCAAACCCCUCAACACGCCGCAUUUUUAAAACAGUUCAAUGAAAUGAAUACUCGAUCCGAAGGGCGGAAAAACGGAGAGUCUGGAGUUGUUUUACCUUUCACUGGCCUUACAGGAAGUGCAAAAUUAAGCAGAAGCUGUUGUCAAAAUGGUGGUACAUGUAUUCUUGGCAGCUUUUGUGCAUGCCCAAAACACUUUACAGGCAGAAGUUGUGAAUAUGAUGAACGUAACAGAAACUGUGGUGGUAUUCUUCAUGGUGAAUGGGUGCAAAAAGGAUGUUCAUAUUGUCGAUGUGGGUAUGGGAUACUACACUGUUUCCCCCAGGUUUUUCAUGAUAACUGUGAUGAGAAUGUGGAAGACUACCGACUCCAUUCAGAGGGCUGCACAUUACAGCAAUCCGUAUUCAUUUUGAUGUCUCUUCUUAUGCUGGCAGUAAUUAUAUGA